AUGGAGUCUUCAGAUUUACCUUCCAGGUGGUACGAGGAGAUUUUUCAGUCUCUCCCGGUGAUCGCUCAAAACGGGCCACCGCCUUCGCUUCCCGAGCCGUUGUCGUGGAAAGAUGAGACUGCCUUGAGCAUUGGCUUUGUUGCAAUCCUCGUGGUAACUGCCUUGGCUAAUUUGAUUUUCUGCCUCCCUCAGCGCUCCUCCGUUUUUUCGGAAUCAGAGAGUGCCAAUGUCUCGCAAACACAACAUCUCAAAGAAGGACGCGUUGAUACUCUGGCACUCACUGGGCUGCGAGGCUUCGCAGCAUUGCAUGUUGCAGUGGGUCACUACUGUUCUGUUUCGCCCUUGCACCUGGACCUCAUUGGUGGUGCCUCAAUGAGCUUCUUCUACCUACUGUCUGGCUUUGUCAUGACCCUUGGCUAUGCGAAAGACUUGGUGGCAGGGGACGGCAACACGAACCUGAGAGACUUCAACAAACGUCGCUUUUGGCGCAAUCGCUUUGCCAGGCUCUUUCCCAUGUACAUGUUGACCAACAUCCUUUUCUUUGCCGUGCUGCAUUACGGCUUCAAGGGGAAGCCGAUGGUGGGAAUGCUCUCCUCCACAAACUUUGACUUCAAUCUGAUCUUGACCUUUCUGGGAUUGAACAUGUGGAUCUACCCCAUUGAUGCCUGGCUUCCAUUUGAUCGUGAUUGCUGCUAUCAUUCGGUGGCUUUGCCAGCGAAUUUUGUCACCUGGACAGUCCAGACCAUGGCAGUCUUUUACAUCGUCUUCCCCUACAUGCUGCCAUGGUUGAAGGCUGUGAAGAAGCGUCGCUUGAUGAUUCACCUGCUCUUCUGGCUUCAAGCAGUGACCUUCCUGUCCAUAGUUAUGAUUGGAACCUUCGGUGCCAACAACUUCUCUGUGGCGUAUUGGACGGCUCGUGCUUGGCCGCUGAGCCGAAUCCCUGUCUUUGCCAUGGGAUGCCUCUCAGCAGUGGAGCGAAUGCAUGGCGGAGGCCAUGUGACCUGCCGCUUUCGCAGCACUGGCGGGUCAGAGGCCAGGAGAUGGGGCUGGCGCGCCUCCAUUCUCGGAUUAUGUUAUAUCCUCCUCCUCGUGGCUGGCGUAGUCAUAAACAGGGUCCCUGUGAAGAAUGCUAAAAUUGGAGCAUAUCGAGAUCCCAUGGUCCGAGCUUUCUUGGAGGCAUUGGUACCGCUCUUGUUCAUUGACUUGAUUCUGGCAUUGACCCACUGCGGUGAGAACGGCAUCCUUGCCCGACUUUGCCGCAGCAAGCCCAUGGAAUGGAUGGGAGACAUUGCCAUGUCGUUCUACAUGGUCCAUUUCAGCGUGAUUUUGGUGGUGUCAAUGUGCCUACCGCACAGUUUCCAAUCCCUGACCUACUGGGUGGUUUUGGGAAGCUUUGCACUGGUGAUCUUCAUAGGAUGGUUUCUGACGAAGUUCUUCGAAGAUCCGUGCAGGAAGUGUUUGAGAGCGUGA